GCUUCAACGCUACAUUCUGGAGGCAGUACAGAACGAAGUCCCCAUUCCGAGUAAUCUCUCAUAAAUACAGAGAAGAAGAGAAGCUGUAUGCCUAUAAUAUAAUAGGCUGCGUCGUCGAUUAAUUAGGUUACAUGGACUCAAGAGAAAGCUGAUUAUUUUGGCGAAUUAAUAUAAUUGCAUAGCCUAAUUAACGGCUUGGAAACUCAGUCGGCUCUUCACUACAAAUCUGACCUAGGCUACCUGUGUAGAGGGGUUUGAUUUUACUCAUAUCCUGGAAUUGGUAUCAUCAAUAGUUUUCUCGUGUGUUUUUCAUUCGGGUUUAUAUUUGUUUGUAGCUAACGGCUCCCGAGUGCGACUGGAAUACGCGUCUGCACCGGGGAUUGAAUUGAUACAUCAUAACCGACCGGAAUUCAGAUUGUGAAUAAACAAGACAUUGUCCAGGGUAACGUAACCUCACUCUACAACCCAAUCCAUCUAGGCAAAUUGAACGUGUAUUUCGGUAGCAGGGAGCGAUACUAAACCAGCAUAAUGCCUCUUGCACAUCUUGCGGAGCCCUGGCCCCAAAUGGAACUAGUUACACUGGACUCAGAGAAUGGGCAAAGCGUCACUGAGGAUGGGGUCCCGCCUGCUGGUCACAAGGACAGGUCCCAUAUUACCUGGGUAGAGAAGGACUUUGCCAAUAUUACUGCCAAGGACAAUGAUGUCAUCAAGGAGAUCAACAUCACCAACGUGGUCAAGGAGGGCUCAGAGAAAGCCGACGCCCGCCAGUUUGAGCUGCUUAAAGUGCUGGGCCAGGGCUCCUUUGGCAAGGUGUUCUUGGUGCGGAAGGUGACACCUCCCGACGACAACGAGCUGUAUGCUAUGAAGGUCCUGAGAAAAGCCACCCUCAAAGUGAGAGACCGGGUGAGGACCAAGAUGGAGAGAGAUAUCCUGGCAGACGUCAACCACCCCUUCGUGGUCAAACUCCACUAUGCAUUUCAGACAGAAGGAAAGCUCUACCUGAUCCUGGACUUUCUGAGAGGAGGAGAUCUCUUCACCAGACUGUCUAAAGAGGUGAUGUUCACAGAGGAGGAUGUGAAGUUCUACCUCGCAGAGUUGGCUCUGGGCCUGGACCACCUGCAUAGCCUGGGCAUCAUCUACAGAGACCUCAAACCUGAGAACAUUCUACUGGAUGAAGAGGGCCAUAUAAAACUCACAGAUUUUGGCUUGUGUAAGGAGGCUGUUGACCAAGAGAAGAAGGCCUACUCCUUCUGUGGUACGGUGGAAUACAUGGCGCCAGAGGUGGUGAACAGGCAGGGCCACAUACAGAGCGCCGACUGGUGGUCGUUUGGGGUACUGAUGUUUGAAAUGCUGACCGGAUCGCUUCCAUUCCAAGGGAAGGACCGCAAAGAGACCAUGAACCUCAUCCUCAAGGCCAGAUUGGGAAUGCCCCAAUUCCUCAGUACAGAGGCCCAGAGUCUCCUCCGAGCUCUGUUCAAGAGGAACCCCAUCAACAGAAUGGGGUCCGGGACGGAUGGUGCAGAGGAGAUCAAACGCCACACGUUCUUCUCCACCAUCGACUGGAACAAACUGUUCCGGCGAGAGAUCCCACCCCCGUUCAAGCCGGCGGUGGCCCGACCAGACGACACCUUCUACUUCGACUCGGAGUUCACCUCCCGCACACCCAAAGACUCCCCAGGUGUUCCACCCAGUGCCGGAGCCCAUCAGCUCUUCCGGGGCUUCAGCUUCGUCGCCCCGGCCAUGCUGGAUGAAGAGGGGGCCAAGGAGCCGGCCAAGCCCACACCACACCCAGUGGUCCAGCAACUCCAUGGAAAGAACGUGUUGUUCAGCGAUGGCUACAUGUUGAAGGAGGACAUCGGCAUGGGCUCUUUCUCCGUUUGCAAGCGCUGUAUCCACAAAGCCACCAACACCGAGUACGCCGCCAAGGUGAUUGACAAGACCAUGACAGACCCCUCAGAGGAGAUUGAGAUCCUGUUGAGAUACGGCCAGCACCCCAACAUCAUCACCCUGAAAGACGUGUAUGACAAUGGGAAGCAGGUGUAUCUGGUGACAGAGCUGAUGAGAGGUGGGGAGCUGCUGGACCGGAUCCUCAAACAGAAGAUCUUCUCCGAGCGAGAAGCCAGCUCCGUGCUCCACACCAUCACCAAGACUGUAGAAUACCUCCACGCCCAGGGGGUUGUCCACAGGGAUCUAAAGCCCAGUAACAUCCUUUAUGUAGAUGAGUCGGGGAACUCUGAGUCUAUCCGGAUCUGUGACUUUGGUUUUGCCAAGCAGCUGAGAGCUGACAACGGCCUGCUCAUGACUCCAUGCUACACCGCUAACUUUGUAGCCCCGGAGGUGUUAAAGCGUCAGGGCUAUGACGAGGGCUGUGACGUAUGGAGUCUGGGAGUGUUGCUGUACACCAUGCUGGCUGGCUUCACGCCGUUUGCCAACGGGCCCGAGGACACUCCAGAUGAGAUCCUGAGCAGGAUAGGCAGCGGCCACUUCACCCUGACUGGAGGCAACUGGGAUGCCGUGUCGGAAGCAGCGAAGGACCUGGUGUCUAAGAUGCUUCAUGUGGACCCUCACCAGCGGCUGACCGCAAUGCAGGUCCUCAAGCACCCCUGGAUUGUCCAGAGGGACAAGCUAUCCAACAGCCAGCUGCAGCACCAGGAUGCCAAGCUAGUCAAGGGGGCGAUGGCUGCCACCUACUCUGCCUUGAAGAGCUCCCAGCCCACCCCGGAGCUCAAGCCCAUUGAGUCGUCCUUCCUGGCCCAGCGACGUGUCAAGAAGCUCCCCUCCACCUCUCUGUAGAUCCACCAGAGAGAGACCAUGAACACCCUCAGACUCUAGCUAGAACAUCAGCCAGUACAGGAACAUGUCACGGGACUGAAGAGACCGGUAGAUCCCCUCUAUCUAACCAGCCAAGGACCACUGACUGCUGUCUCCUUCCCUGGCAGUGAUAUCAAUACUCUGCUGCAGUCUCCUACCCUGCCAACGAUAUAACUACUCUGCUGUAGUCCCUUCCCCUGCCAAUGAUAUAGCUACUCUGCUGCAGUCUCCUCCUCUGCCAACUAUAUCGCUACUCUGCUGUAGUCCCCUGCCAACGAUAUCACUACUCUGCUGUAGUCCCCUGCUAACGAUAUCGCUACGCUGCUGUAGUCCCCUGCCAACGAUAUCGCUACGCUGCUGUAGUCCCCUGCCAACGAUAUCGCUACUCUGCUGUAGUCCCCUGCCAACGAUAUCGCUACUCUGCUGUAGUCCCCUGCCAACGAUAUCGCUACUCUGCUGUAGUCCUCUGCCAACGAUAUCACUACUCUGCUGUAGUCCUCUGCCAAUGAUAUCGCUACUCUGCUGUAGUCCUCUGCCAACGAUAUCGCUACUCUGCUGUAGUCCUCUGCCAACGAUAUCGCUACUCUGCCAACUUUAUCACUACUCUGCUGUAGUCCCCUGCCCUGCCAACGAUAUCACUACUCUGCUGUAGUCCCCCGCCCUGCCAACGAUAUCACUACUCUGCUGUAGUCCCCUGCCCUGCCAACGAUAUCACUACUCUGCUGUAGUCCCCUGCCCUGCCAACGAUAUCACUACUCUGCUGUAGUCCCCUGCCCUGCCAACGAUAUCACUACUCUGCUGUAGUCCCCUGCCCUGCCAACGAUAUCACUACUCUGCUGUAGUCCCCUGCCCUGCCAACGAUAUCACUACUCUGCUGUAGUCCCCUGCCCUGCCAACGAUAUCACUACUCUGCUGUAGUCCCCUGCCCUGCCAACGAUAUCACUACUCUGCUGUAGUCCCCUGCCCUGCCAACGAUAUCACUACUCUGCUGUAGUCCCCUGCCAGUGAUUUCGCUACUCUGCUGUAGUCCCCUGACAGUGAUUUCGCUACUCUGCUGUAGUCCCCUGCCAGUGAUAUCGCUACUCUGCUGUAGUCCCCUGACAGUGAUAUCGCUACUCUGCUGUAGUCCCUUCCCCUGCCAACGAUAUCGCUACUCUGCUGUAGUCCCCUGCCAACGAUAUCGCUACUCUGCUGUAGUCCCCUGACAGUGAUAUCACUACUCUGCUGUAGUCCCUUCCCUGCCAACGAUAUCACUACUCUGCUGUAGUCCCCUGCCAGUGAUAUCACUACUCUGCUGUAGUCCCUUCCCCUGCCAACGAUAUCACUACUCUGCUGUAGUCCCCUGCCCUGCCAACGAUAUCACUACUCUGCUGUAGUCCCCUGCCAGUGAUAUCAGUAGUUAAUCUUUCCUCUUGGAUGGGCUUCUGGGCAUGGUCACUUGAUGUCAAUCAACCUGGACUAGCAACAAGACAUGGUUGGGGAUGAGGGGGCAGUGGGGUAGGGGCAGGUUAUGACAAAUUUGUUAGCAGUAUAUUUAGGAUAAAAGGUGUGUGUGCGUGAGUUUGAGACAACCUGCUACCACGGAGGAUGUUGAUGAUCAUUGAGGAUGUUUCUGUUGUGUUUUUUGUUCUGCUGUCAUUUUGAUUGGCUCUGCAUCUCCCCUCAGCAUCGCUGUGAUUGGCUGUCGCUAAACUCUCUGCAUGUCUAUCUGUUUGGUGUGUCGUUCUCUCUCCAAUUGAUCAGCUUGCCAAAUCGAUUUGUGUGUUUUUGCUGUUUUACCAUUGAAAGCUGGAAGGGACAAUGGCACAAAACGAGAUCACAGUCCAUCACUAUCAUUUUCCUACAUUUUGAAUGAACAUUAAAAGAAAGAAAAAAACAUUUAGCCAUAAAUGCCUCUCGUUUUUGAGACUAUACUGGAACUAGGAAUUCUGGGUAAUGUAGUCAAUGCUAAUGUUUUUUCUAGGCCAAAUGUCUCACUCUCCAUUGCAUGACUUGCAGUGCAUAUAUAGUCCAGGGAAGGGUUCAGAAAGUUGUUUGCAUGGUCUGGUGCAGUGUGGCGUCAUGUUGCUUUGUCCUUCUCUUAUCUUUUCUUGGUGAUAUUUCCGAUCCUGAGAAGAAGAAAAGAUUUGAGAUAUGGCCAAAUAUUUUUAUUGUAAGAAAAAAUAAAAAAGAGAAAAUAAUAUCUGUAAUACCACUAACAAGGUGGCAUGUUGAAA